GCUGCAGAGUAUUUCUUAGUUAGGCACUUCCGACUGAAGCACUCUAACAUGUCGUCGCAAUAGUUUUGCCUAUCAUGUCAACGACAACAAAAUUCUCAGUAUGACUUUUCCUGUUCGUUGCUUCAAUUGGAUUUUUUUGUUUAUCUCGGCGAUUUUGGAAUUGGUUGCGAUAUAUUAUCUGAUUGAGCUGCUUUACUCGCACUGUGUGCGUGGUGGCGAGUAUGGAAUAUCGGUGUGGUUCUUUAUAUAUUUUCUACCAGCGAUUGCCGCUCAUACAAUUUUAUUUGUCUGUUUUCGCCUGUUCUGUCGCACUGUCGGCCUGGAUCCCGUUGCAAUUGUAUUCAAUCUAACUAGCGGCGUCAUAUUGAUUAUUGCCACGCUUAUCGAGCUCAUCGCAAUGAGGGAUCAUUGCGGCAACGAGUUCGGCAAAUUGUUCUAUAUCUCUGGUAGCUGUGGACUGAUUGCGGGCAUAUUCCAUCUAGGUAAUGGCAUCAUGUGCCUCAUAUUCAUUCCACCGGAGGAGGCACGUUACAUAAAGUCCUCGAGAAAGUCAAAAAAGUACGUAUCGUGACUUUCUGAGAGUCGAAUAUAUUGCAACUGGACGAAAUC